AGUGAGUUACAGAAUCGCAGGGCAGGUAAUUAAUUGCGCAGAAACAAUUCUUUGGAUUCUAACUGUGAUUCGAACACACGACUUCAGGGUCGCUUAAGCUACUAGGCCAACACUGCUGACGACAAUGGGUCAAAAUACUGUUCGCUAAAUUUUUUAUCAACUGAUAACAAUAUCUUAUUAUUGUAUAGUGAAUUAAUUUAUAAUAGACUUCUGGACAGUGCAGUAGUGUGUAAAAUGAAGUCAAUUGUGGCGCUGUGUUUGCUGGUGUGGGGAUGUCAAGGACAGAAUAACAAUUCCCAGAGCAUAAAUAUAUGGUUAGAAACCUUUUUAACUCCGACAGAUAAAGGACCCACGGAUUGUUACACUGAGAAUCAGCAAAUGGGACAAUGUGUGAAAUUGUCGGAAUGUAUGGACAGAAACGAAAUUGACUUGGAAAAGGAGGAUGUUUAUAGAGGGAUAAGCUGCCACAAGUUGGAGAUGUGCUGUCCAACCAGUCGAUUGGUUACGACAGGAACCGUGACUCCACCUCCAAAGCCGAAAAAGAGGGCAGGAUGUGGAUGGAGCAACCCCGGCGGCUACUCAAUCCCCGACUCUUCAAAGACGUACGCCGAGUUUGAAGAGUUUCCUUGGAUGGUUUCUGUGUUGAGAAAAGUCAGUCAGAACCAGGCAGUCAGUCGGGAUCCAAAUGAUUCUUUGGAAGGUGGAAGUCUGAUCCAUCAUUCGGUGUUGAUGAAGAUCGCCCAUAAAAUCAAUGCUAUUAAAAACGACCGAUCUUUGGUAUCCAGGCGGAUAAAAAUAAUGAUGAACAUCAUUACCAAUGUUGCUAAAACGACUCGGCGUAAGGUGUCCGUGGAAAUGCUGCUGUGCAAGUCUGUCAAUGGUCUGAACAGCUCUGGUGAUUGGCUAAAUAGCUUAUCAAAAAUGGAUCCUGUCUCCGAAGCACCAGUGAAAAAGAUUGAUAAGAGACCUGAAAAAGAUCCCAGUAGUCCGUGUUUGACCUCUAUGGGCGAAAUUGGUGAAUGCAUAUCAUAUUUCAGCUGUUAUGAUGGGCCCCAGGAUAAAUUACAUGAUAAAGGAAGCCGACUGGGAUGUUCACACCACCUCCAUGUCUGCUGUACAGAUGUGCCAACUGGAUAUGAGGAUUUAGAACUUACUUAACUAAAACUUAAGCUAUUUUAAUAAAAUAUUUUAGGUCACAUUUAAUCUAUAAUUACAUUUACAGCCAGUUCUCAAGGGCGAGAAUAAG